UUAGAUCGCAGUCAUGCAUCGUGAUGAAGAGCAUGGGACCACAAUUCUGUAAUGUCAAUAGUGUUGAAAAUCGACAGACAGUCGUCCAAAUUUAAACGCACUUUUCUUUCGAGCUAUUUCCGGUUUUUCCGCGAUUUUAGAAAGUACUCAGGAAGAGACAGGAGCUCCAUCGGGAAUGCGUAAUAAUAAUAGCUGCAAAGCCUCUGAAGGGCAUAGUAGCAAUUGUGUCCCAAAGUCCCGAUAAUGGUGGAGAGUUCAUUGUAGAGCUCAAUGAUUUUGUCUUUGGAGGGGUUUUAACGCCCUUUAGUUUAUUGCAGGAGUUCACUAGAGCAUUGGCCAUAGCAAUAACACCAUGUUUCGUUUAAUUCACGGCUAGUAAGUCUCGGUCGAAGGUUAGCCACAACGGGUGGAAGGAAUCACAAUGGCGCGGAUGAUGCUGAAAAGAUUUCCUCUAACGUCGUCAUCUCACCCUCUAGGUUCGCAGCACUUGGUUCAAUCUGUGCUUAGUUUUGUCACUCCCAAUUUUCUGCACAAUCACUUCUCGGCAGCACCUCCUUGCCCUGCACGAUGCCCUUUGAAUGCUCCUCUUUCCAAUAUCUGCUGCAUAUCGACCAUCCUGCAUGUCACCUACACUCGUCCAUCGCUGCAACCUUCGCUCUUGCGGAGCACUCUUUCUGAGCGGCGCGGUCAAGUUAAUCGUCGCACUUUCGGAAGAUUCUGGAAAGCUGUGACAUUAUCAGGAUUUUCCACUGACGCUGCUCACACAGAAAAUAUGACGCCCGAGGACGUGCUACACUACUGGUUCAAGGAUGCCGACCUUGCCAGUAACGAAUUCCCGAAUAAAUUUUGGUUUUUCGGAGGAGAGGCCGUGGACAAGGAGAUAAAGGAAAAGUUCGGCGAGUGUCUCCAGAGGGCUAUACGUGGCGAUCUUGACCACUGGAAAUCAACCCCACGUGGUAGGGUUGCGCUUGUUCUGGUGUUGGACCAAUUUUCGCGGAACUGCUUUCGCGAUUCAAGUCGUGCAUUUGCACAAGAUGAUACCGCUUUGAAACUUACCGUGGACACAAUCGACCAGGUUUGCUUAUCCAACGAAAGAGGUUUGGAUCAACAGCUAAGCAAUCCUUUGGAGCGAUAUUUUCUGUACAUGCCACUAAUGCAUAGCGAGUCACUGGAAGUGCAUGCUAUUGCUCAUCGUAUGUUUCAGAAGCUCACAGAUGAUCACAAGGAUAAUCCCGAGCUCUAUAAGUUUUUUCAAGAUGUUGUUAAGUUCGAGAUUGCUCAUAGCUCAGUAUUGGCUAAAUUUGGGAGAUAUCCGUCGCGAAACGCCAUCUUGGGCCGCAGCAGCACUACCGAGGAAGAGAAAUAUCUUGCAGCUGGUGUACUGUGGCCGAUGGAGGACUAGUUGGCCGAGAACUAACUGACGUUCUAGAUUUGUGUUUUUUUACAGAUAGAAGCCAGUCUUUCCAUCUUGAAGCUACGGCUGAAGAAACUGGAUUAGAGGCUCAAUGAACUUAAAAGUUUGAACUCCGUGCAGCUGAUUAUUUUCAAAUGCUUGGUUAUCUUCACUCGUAGAUAAGUUCAUAGGUUUAAUUCUAGUACUUCCACUCUUGUACUGGGGCUAGUUAUACGAAUUUGAAAGAAGCCGCCAUUUCACAACAAUGCUUUUUGUA